AUGAAGCAUGCUUACGCUCAGGCAGCAUCUGAUGCUUCCCAAAAAGUGGCUAGAACUAGAUUUCUAGGGUGCGGUCCACUUACGGGAACUAUAAUUAUGAAGAUACCUCGUGUCAAUGGUGAGAUGUGGUCAUUUAAAGAGGACGGACCGAAAGGUUACAUAGAACUUAAAUAUAACGGACAGUUUGUCAUCUUCUACUUUCAAAAAUCUCCAGAUCUCGAAGAAAUCAACCCGUUUAAUACUAAGGACAGAAUUAAGGAAGCUUUACCAUUUACUCUAGAGUGUAAAUACAAAGGCUGGAAACACGUGUACAAACAAGCAGUGGUUCUUAUCGACGUGAAUGAUAACGAUCCAGAGUUCAACACCAAAAUACCGCUCAAAACUCGCAUACCGGAAGUUACUGCUACCGGAAGUAUAAUAUUCAACCUACGCCACCUAGCGAUAGAUAGAGAUAUUAGAGGAAGUGUUGUUGGGUAUAGUGUUCACAGAUUGACCAAUCAAACGAUGACAGCCAAUGAUGGUUUUGAAUAUUUUGAUAUCUCUAAUGAAGGUCAUAAUGUGAUUUUAAAGAAGAAGUUAGAUUUUGAUUCGAUGGAAACGCCUUACUUCUUUCUGAAUAUAUCCGCCAUUGAUAAUGGGCAUCCAGUUGGAAGACGAACCUAUACAGCACUCCAGUUGAUUGUCGAUGAUGUUGAUGAUUUAGGACCAGUGUUUGUCUAUGAGGAUUGUCCUAUAGUUGAAGGUUACUGUUCAACACCGGUAUAUGAGACCGCGGUCACCACUGCCUAUCGGGGUGCACUGAAGAUUUGGCCAGGUGAAGUCAAAGCUAUCGAUAAAGACAAGCUGAAUUAUACAAUAAUAUAUGAGAUUAUUAAAGUUGAACCAGUAGAAUACAAAGAUCAUUUCACUAUCGAUAAGAAGACUGGACAGAUCAGGUUGAACGAAGCUAUAGAAAGAUUGAACAUUGAUAUGAUUGUAGUCGGGAUUAAGGUCACAGAAGAUUCUAUUAGUCAUAGGUCACUGACUACUAAUCUCAGGGUCAAGGUCACUAGCAGAUAUACCCGGAUGUUCGGUAAUGGCGGUGGAUAUCGAGAUGUACCAAUCAACGACUUCUACGGUAUAGAACAAGGUGAAAAAGUGUCGACAUCCAUUCCAUUCUCGAUCUUCAUGUCGACUGUUGGAUUACUGCUAGUGGUCAUUGGCGUCUUGCUCAUCGUUUUUGUUAAAUAUUUCAAAGAAAAACCUAACACAGUCACAAUACCUCAGACAACGGGAAUUUAUACCACACAACCAACAAGACCACUUCCGCCCCCACCUCCGCCAAGACGUAUCACUACUGAUUUAGCGCCGUCUACAAAUCUAGAGCCUGAUCUUACACAUGUUGGAAAUUUCUCCACUCGUGAAGAAGAUGGUGGGUCCUCUUCGACUUCAGGGUCAUCACUUGAUCUUGGAUUUGAUGACGCAAUUUCCUUUGCCGUUUCAAAAUGUCGUAAUUCGAAUGUGACGUCAUUUCCCUUUUCAGCCAAUCAUUUUACAAGUUUCAACCCAACGUCAGUUCCACCGCCCGAGGAAAACGCCGGACAAGUUUUAAAACGUAAACUGCAUAAUAUAUUUUCAUCUCAUAGUGAAGUCGAAUCUAAUACAAAAAAUACAACAGGUCGGGUGAGGUUUGACAUCAGGAAUAUUUCCAGUUUCUCCUGA